AUGCCUCUCACCCACAACGACUAUACUGUGGGCUGUCUCUGCCCAAUGAGCGUGGAAUUGGCGCCAGUUAGGGCUUUGCUGGACAAGGAACACUCUAAACUGCCCACAAAGAGUGGCGACAACAACUAUAUACUUGGAGAAAUUUGCGGGCAUAACAUGGUGAUUGCCGUGCUGCCUCAGACUGGGAACAGUUCGGCAGGGAUCGUGGCGACACAACUCAUGAUCGAUUUCCCCUUGAUCCGGUUCGGGCUUCUGGUAGGAAUUGGCGGCGGAGUGCCUGGGGAGCGGGGACAGGGUGAUGAUAUUCGGUUAGGGGACGUGGUGAUCAGUACGCCAACGAACGAUUCUGGCGGUGUCAUUCAAUACGAUUUCGGCAAAUACAAAGCAGGGGGGGCCUUUGAACGAACCAGAGUAUUGAAUAAGCCUCCUGAACGCCUUCUAGCCAGUGUGAAUUCGCUGAGAGCCGUCCAUGCCAUGGAAGAUAGCCGCGUACCACAAUUUAUGUCUGAGAUGCUCCAAAGAUUUCCCAAGAUGACGAAGAAAUACUCCUACCCAGGUGACGAAAAUGAUCAGUUGUUCCAGGCGAACUAUCCUCACCAAGGCGAAGAAGGAACAUGUCAAAAUUGUGACAAGGAACGCGUCAUUCGGCGGGAGGAACGUGACAACACGGAUCCUGUCUUUCAUUACGGCGCCAUCGGCUCAGCCAAUGCACUGGUCAAAGAUGCCACAGUGAGAGAGGAGCUGCGACGAACGCUGAAAAUCAUCUGCGUGGAGAUGGAGGCAGCCGGCUUAAUGGAUUCAUUCCCAUGCCUGGUUAUUCGAGGUAUCUGUGAUUAUGCAGACUCCCACAAAAACAAAAUUUGGCAGCCUUAUGCUGCCGCCGCCGCUGCCGCUUAUACGAAGGAGUUGCUAAGUGUCAUUACCCCCAAAGAGGUGGCCAAGGUAGCGGUUGCUGCCGACGUGGUGCAGACUUCGGUCCACUUUGCUCCAUAUCAACGAUACCGAUCGUCCUAUGCCAUGACUGAUUUCUUGUUAGAGUAUUGUCGCGGCCUGAAUCUGAUUGAUGCCCCCAAUAUGCCAGAGGACCUGUUUAUCGGCCGUGAUGACGAGCUUCGGAAAAUGGAAACCCUUUUUCAACCUGGUUCGGAUUCUUCCAUUCGAAAAGUCUUGGCCUUGGGCGGAAUGGGAGGAGUUGGCAAGACACAGUUGGCCAUCGCCUACUGCAAAAGAUAUGCCACCUCCUACUUUUCCGUCUUCUGGCUCAACGCAACAUCCGACACUACUUUAAAACUUAGUCUCCGGAGACUGGGUCAGCGAAUUUUCGAUCCGGACAAGGUGGACCCGCUUGAUGACAACAGCCUGUGGAUCGAUAUCUCCAAUUGGCUAUCAACGCCAGACAAUAAUAGAUGGUUGCUAGUAUAUGACAACUAUGAUGAUCCAGAUCAGUAUGAUAUUACAAAAUACUACCCUUCUGCUGUGCAAGGAUCAGUCAUCAUUACUACACGGGUGCCUAGUAAGAUCUCUGGAGAAAAGCUGGAAAUUCGAUCAAUGAGCAAGGAAGAAGACGGUCUACGCAUUCUAUCCACCCGAUCAGGGCGAGAGCACAUCGAAUCUGGUAAUUGGGCCUUUGCCAGCCUACGAGAGACCUGUCACUCACAAAAAGCAGAUUUCGGUGCCCGCCAGUUGGUAAAGCGGUUGGAUGGUCAUCCCUUAGCUCUGGCUACAGCCGGCGUCUACCUUCAGAAGUCGUCCUUCGACUUCUGCACAUAUUUUAUAGCAUACGAAUGCAGAUGGGAGACGGUUGCCUCCCCUGAGGGGCCAACUGAGUACUCUCCUCGGACACUCUACAAUACGUGGGAACUGUCUUAUGCCCGCAUCAAAGAGGAGAAUCCUGAAGCCGCACAAUUUUUAGGUUUUCUGGCCUACCUCGACCAUCGAGCGAUCUGGUACGGCCUUCUUUGCCAGGGUUAUGCGGCUCAACUUGAAGGUGCACCAGCUUGGUUUAAUAACGUAGUUCGCUACCAAUCUUCAUUUGAAUCCGCCAUGCAGACGCUGGUCAAAUAUUCUCUUGCUGAAGGAAAUCACCAAACACAAUCAUACAACCUUCAUGUAUGCGUUCAUGAUUGGAUUUUGAACUGCUUGAACCGUGCCAUUGAUGUUCGGCAAUACUGGAUAGCAUCCGACUGCGUGGCCGAGUGUCUCACGAGCGAGGACUGGGAUCAUCUUUUCGACAUCAGAUGUCAGCGAUUGGCAAUUCAUGCUAAGCAUCUUGCGAAUCUUCGAUUUAAAGAUGUUGCAAAUCGAUCAGACUUUUCCUGGCGUCGAAUUCCUGACAUCUUCCGCCACGCGACUCUUCUUCGCCUCCAACUGGAGUACUUUGCGUCAGAGCUGAUGUACGAGCGAGCACUGGUAGAGGACCAAAAAAGUCUUGGGCCAGGUGAUCAUCGAUCUACUUUGAGUAUACUGAAAGGUCUCGGCAUGCUAUAUCUUUAUCAAGGUCGGCUAGCGAUGGCAGAGCGUAUGUUCAUAAGAGUACGAGAAGGUUUUCGGAAAAUUCUUGGAUCUGAUGACAUCCAGACUCUCGAUAUGACAGAAUCACUUGGUCAAGUAUAUCGAGCUCAAGACAAAUUGAGGAUGGCAGAAGAGACGUUUCUACGAGUCCUUGCAGCGAAGGAGAGAAUCUUUGGACCCGGUGACAUGUCGUCUCUUACCGCAGCAGCAAAUCUUGGCAAUCUCUAUGCUUCUCAAGGAAAAUUCAAGACGGCAGAAGAAAUCUUUACACGAGUAGUGGCAGAGAGGAAGAAAUUUUAUGGUCCCGAUCACGCUUUGACUGUCUGGGCAGUUUCCACACUCGGGCGCCUCCUGCAUGAUCAGGGGAAGUCUGAGGAGGCAGAACAAAUGUACAUGCAAGCACUUGCAGGGUACGAAAAAAUUCAUGGACCUGACCAUGUUCAAACUCUCGAGGUGGUUCGUUUACUCGGCGACUUAUAUCGGGAUCAGAACCAAUUUGAGAUCGCAGAGAAGAGAUAUCUACAAGCAUUGGCGGCGCGUGAGAAACAACCCGGACCCGAUGACUUUUCGACCCUCGAUAUCGUCCAUAGUCUCGGAACACUGUAUGCCGAGCAAGGUAGACCGGAGGCAGAGAAGCUACAUAUUCGAGCACAGACAGGGUACAAAAAUGCAGGAGGAGACAAAGAUCGUCCUAUCUUGAAGAUUAUCGACCAGUUUGGCCUUCUAUAUCACAAUCAGGUUCGAGAGGAGGAAUUUCGGGACAUAUGGUUCCAAACUCACUACGGGCCACCACUCACUUGA